UCAUGACUACAUUAAACCCUCUUAAACCCGUUCUCUUCGCCUGUCUUCAACCUCAGUUCGUUUUUCCUCCCGCUCGCUAUUUCUUCAUACUUUGUGCCCUCUUUUAUCCUUUCCAUAUUUCGAUUCUUCUUCUUACACACAGACUUCCUGUGCAAUAUGCUUAGCGUGCCUGCGACAUAUGGCGCCCUCCUUCUCGGCGGUUUCGUGGCCUCUGCACUUUCGGGGAUCGUUACAGUACAAUCAUUCGUUUACUUUAAGCUAUACCCCACAGAUCUACCCUGGAGGAAGGCCAUCGUUGCCGUGAUAUGGGCAUUGGAUAGUGUUCAUACUGCACUGGUUUGUGCAUCGAUAUGGAUUUAUCUGAUACAGAACUUUGGCGAUACAUCGAACAUAAAUGAUAUACCCAACACCGUGGCAAUGACAAUAGCACUGACUGCAAUAUUGACGUUCAUUGUCCACUGCUUUUUCGCCCAUCGCAUACACAAACUGAGCCAUUGUGAUUGGCGCAUCACCGCCCCUCUUUUGGUCUUCGCAUUUUUGCGGUUAUGUUCUGCCUCUGUAACGACGGCUGAAAUGAUUCAUCUGAAGACCUUCACAGAGUUCAAGCGGGAGUUCCGAUGGGUUUUCACGUUGGGUCUUGCACUGUCAUCUCUCGUCGACGUUCUUAUUGCGGUGUUCCUUUGUCACUCAUUGCGAGCUAACCGCAAAGCUUCUUCGAGUAUGGACUAUGUCAUAAAUUCCGUCAUCUUGUAUACAUUGGAGAACAAUUCCCUCACCAGUGCCGCAACCGUCGUCUCCAUGAUUUGCUGGCUUGUAAUGCCUACCAACCUCAUUUUCAUGGGACUGCAUUUCGUCAUCAGUAAAUUGUAUGCGAACUCCCUGUUGGCUACAUUGAACGCUCGGAAGCAACUCCGGCAAGAGCGAGCCCAGAGGGGCUUGUCAGCAGAACUCCCUUUGGCAUUCCCGGGCUUGGCGCCGUCAAAUCGCUUCCACUCAAACCACCAUAACUGCUCGCGGGUGGAUCCUAUUGGAACCAAGCUGGAAAUCAACGUCGAGAAAACCGUGGAGUAUGAGGUAGAUGCAGACAUCGUGACGAGUCAUUCUCCAUCUCCUUCGACAAUCUCUCCGAAAGCUUGCUGCCACCCAUCUGAAGCGAUCUCACAAAUGGCUUAGUUCGCAACCUCCUGGACCCCUUUUCAUCCUAUUGUCGUACCGUAAAUCUUCUUUUAUAUAUGUCCAUCUCUGGCUGUCAAUCAUUUCUACACCUGUCUUUAUCGAAGAGCUGUACUACCUUCCUUGCUAUGUAGCAACACACAUCGUCCCACAUCUAAUAGUAUCUCUGCGUUGUCUGUUGACUGCAUUAAUUUAUGUGAAAGAGCGACGUUCAGCAAAUCAUGCACUUCAAG